AUGGUAAUAGACAGUGAUGUAUUUCCAUAUGUUGUGGCUAUAUUAAAGAAAUCAUCAUACAUAAGUGCCGGUGCGUUGAUUGAUGACAAUUGGGUAGUGACUGCGGCAGAUUCUUUAUUUCUCCUUAGAGAAUCUUUAAGGCUAAUUAGAAUCAGACUCGGAAGUACAAAUUACAGAAAAGGAGGUAUCCUAUUGCCAAUCAAGUCAUUAGAUGUUCAUCCUUAUUUCGAUGACAAGAAGCCUGAAUUUGAUAUAGCACUUAUAAUGUUGCCAGAAAGAGUGAGACUAUCGUACAGUCUAAACCCAAUACGAGUACAAAAGUACUAUAAGGGCGUUAUGGCAACACAUUUUAUUGUUACUGCCUGGUCGAAUGCCGUUGAGUCCAAAGAGCAGAAAAUAGAAUCAAUGGAGGCUAUAAAACGGCGCCGUUUGCUCACAGUAUCUCACCUGCACCCGUCAACUACUGAUAGCUGUUCAAGGCAAUUGAGCGCGUUAGGAAUAAAUCAGACUGAAACUAUAAUGUGUUUAGACCCAACAUUAGACUCUGAUCCUUGUACGAGAGAUGUUGGUGCUCCUGUUGUGUUAAAUGGCAUUCUUUAUGGCGUUAUCUCGUCAUGGAAACCUGAUAACUGUGAUGAACAACCAGGGUCCACCUUCGUCACAUUAGCAGCAGCAGCUAACAUCAGCUCUUGGAUCCAUGCCACCAUACGCGGUCACCGAUGGAGUCAUCAGGCUGAUGAUCAUUGA